CAUGUCACGCUGGCAGGAAUAUGAGAAGUGUUUCAUUAUUUAUGACAAUGAUGGCAACGUACUCUCUAAACCAGCUGGCUUCCCUGUCCCUCAAAUCGGCCACUUCCACUUGAUCCUGGUCACACACGAUGAAUCAACGUUCUAUGAAAAUGACAGACGCAAGACAAAGUGGACCCACUUCCAAGAAAAGGCAACAAUGGAGAGAAAAGGAGAGGGGCCAUUGAUCAUGGUGUCCGAAUUCUUAACACCUGAUUGGGGGCGGCUAAAAGACGGAGAUGGCGAGGCACGUAUCCUCUUCAGAGCGGGGAAGAAUUGGGAUGGUUACUUCGACAAUGACGAUCUGAUCAGUCAAGUGGAUCAUGCUAUUGACAUUUUUGAGGGACUCACCAAUGGCUUUGCAACUGGUCUUUUCCUGUUUGACAAUGCACCGAGUCACCAAAAGCGGGCAAUGGAUGCCCUCUCUGCUCGGAAAAUGCCCAAAAAUGCCCAUGCAACAUGGACACAUCACAAAGAUGGCCCAAAGAUGAGGACCACCUGCUUCGGUGAGCACAGCACUAUCCAAGACUUCUAUUACCCAGAUGAUCACCCCACCAUGCCGGGCUGGUUUAAAGGGAUGGAGAAUAUUAUCCGGGAGCGCAGUCUGUGGCCACAGCGGGGGCUCAACGCGCAGUGUGAGGGGUUCAAGUGUGAGCCUGGGAAGACGGACUGCUGCUGUCGACGGCUUCUAUUCACACAGCCCGAUUUCGUAAAUCAGAAGUCUCGCCUUGAAGAGUUAAUCACUUCCCGCGGUCACAUUUGUGACUUCUACCCAAAAUAUCACUGUGAACUCAAUUUCAUUGAGCAGUAUUGGGGGGCAGCAAAGCUUCGGUAUCGGAAUAGCCCCAAGACAACUGAUAUAAAGGAGAUGGAGAGGAAUGUACUUGCCUGCCUCGACAAUGUUCCUGAUGUUUCAAUCAAACGAUAUGCCAAUCGCGCUGCUCGAUUUAUCAACGGAUACUUCCAGGGACUUACAGGCCCCGAGGCAGCGUGGGCAAACAGGAAAUAUCACGGCCAUCGCACACUUCCUGCGUCUGUUGUUGCUAAACUUAAGGAGGAGUUCUUAAAGAGGUUUGGGGGGUCCAAGUA